ACUAUAACGAUAUUAGAUUUAUAUAUCACUAUGCUACCUGAAUGUAUGAGUGAACUGCAAUCGGCUGCAAUCCUUGGUAGCUGUGAUUCUGUUCCAACUUACAAUGGUUGCACUUUUAAUUCUCCAGCACACAACUUUGUUUCUAGUAUCUGAUUCCUUUAUAUCUUUAUUAUGUGCAUACUUUGUAAAACUAUUUUUCCUGGAACCAGCAACAUCUUGUGUCUCAUUUACCCUGAUUACUACGGUGAAAACACCUUUGAAGCCAUUGCAGCUUGUCCUUAGCCUAGCUGCCUAGGGCUACUAGCACAUCCAAGGAAAGUGGUUUGAACCUGGGUUGCUUGGUAGCACGGCCAUGUGUUUUACCAUUAAGCUACCCAGUGAUUCCACCAGCUACUAAAUAUAAUAUAAUUGAUGUAAUGUGUGUACUACAUAUAAUAUAUAUUUGAUAUAUAUUUGUGCUAACUGAAACAAGAAACUCGUCCUAUACUCUGAUAUUACCAAUUUAUCAUAGUUCUGGAUCAAAAAAGCUGGGUAAUGUUCAAUAUACUAGGAUGAGCUAGAAGACAAUGCUCAACAUGAGUUAUUGUAAUAAACUUCAAUCUAGGAUAAGUAUCUAAACUUCGCUGCAAUGCAGCAACUAGUUCUACAAUCUUAGUCUUCUCCAGCAUCUGCAACUUCGCUUUGAAGAUGCCAAACCUCGGAUGUCUUAUGCAAGUGUGCUUUAACCAUGUGUUGUACUUGCAUAUGAAUUGCACAUUUCCUCCACUUCCUGUAGUUUUCUCUACAAUGUCCCCAUGACUCCUCAAAGGCUUCGUCUGUAGAUCAUUGGCUGCCACUUGCUAAAACAAUAUAUGGAGCAGCUUCAGAGAUGGCAAAAGGCCGGGCCAAGCAGAUUUUAUCUUUUCUUGUAUCUCCGCCUUCUUCUCCCAAACCACCCUCUUCUCCGAUGCACGCAAGAUGUAGAGGAAGGUAACUGGAGGAAUGAGAGGACAAGAGUCUUGGGUCAUGCACUAGUGUCUGAUGCAGAUCUAUGACAGACUUGUGACGUGCAUUUUUUUCCUGUUCCUUUUUUCUCAUUAUCACCCCGAAGAAAGACGAUGCCUCCUCUGCCCUGGAUUUUAGGCCGGUAAGCCUAAUGCGCAGUAUCAUGAAUAUUUUUGGUAAAUUGCUCGCCUCUCGGCUCGCCCCAGAGUUGCAUUCUUUAGUUUCGGCGGGGCGGAGUGCGUUCGUUAGAAGAUCCAUUCAUGACAAUUUUCUUUUCGUCAAGAGUGUUCUGAAAGAAGUCACACCAAGAAGAAACCUUUGCUUUCGCAAAGCUCGACUUUGCCGUGGCUUUAGACUUGGUCCGUUGGGAUUAUCCUAUCGGAGUUCUCAAUGCUUUUGGUUUUAGCUCCAAAUUGAAGGACUUGAUUUCCCUAGUUCUUGCCACCUCCUAUUCUCGAGUACUGCUAAAUGGUGAUCCAAGAAGGCUUUUUAUGCACAGGAAAGGUCUGAGACAGGGGAUCCCUUAACCCCAAUGCUUUUUAUUCUUGCUCUGGAACCUCUUCAAAAGAUCUUUUUUUUUCACUCUGCUAUGGAAAAUGGCCUUCUUUUCCCUGGUCAUGCAAAGAGCUGCUAAGAGGAGGACCAGUUUUUAUGCUGAUGAUGCAGCGCUGUUUAUAAAUCCUGUUGAUGGUCUCAGGUCUUCUAAAUUUCUAUGGGGCUCUGUCUGGGCUGAAAGUGAAUCUCGGCAAGUGUGUUGCUUAUUAUCCCAUAAGAUGUGAGAACCUUGAUACCAGUGACAUCUUAUCUGCUUUUGGAGGACGGGUGGGCUCCCUGCCUUGCAAGUAUUUGGUCCUCCCCCUACCUACCAGAUUGCGUAGGCGAGUUGAAUUAGAGCCCUAGUAGAUAAGAUUGCUGACAGGCUAAAGCCCUGGAAGGGAAAGCUCCUGGACAAAAUGGGUCGCCUCACUCUGGUAGUCUGGUUAACUCGGUGCUUAUUACUUCACCAUUUUCACACCUUCCAAGUGGCAUAUCAAAAAGAUUGACAAAAUCCGUAGAAGCUUUCUUUGGUGCGGUGAUGAGGAAUUGAGGAUGCUAAAGGAGGGAAGUGUUUGGUCAACUGGACUAAGGAUAUCUGGCGUCAUAUAUGCUCCUUUUUGCCACUGAAAGAUGCUGCGCGUGCUGCGAGCGUGUCUCACUCCUUUAAACGUUUCUGGAGGUGCCGGCCCAACCUCACCUUCAGUAAGAAAACAAUGGGCUACAAGAAAAAUGCACGUAGGCGGAGAAUAACAACAAGAGAUUACAACAGUAGAGUUGACCAUAUUCUGAGAAACCACUUAGGCACUGGUGUGAAGACACUCAGGCUUAAAUUGUAUGGUAUUUACAAUGCCAACACCAGAAAUUGUCUUGAUAGUUGGCUCCAGAUUGCUGUUAAACCAGGCAUAGAAGAACUCAGCCUCAUACUUUCAAAUAUCGACCAUUUAUCAAACGAAGCAAUCUACGAGUUUCCAUGCUCACUUUUAUCUAAUGGCAGUGAAAACACCAUUCGUGAGCUAGACCUUUUAGGUUGCGCCUUCCGCCCCACGGUAGGAAUCGGUUGCACGGGAAGCCUGACGAGUCUAUGUCUGUCUUGUGUGAAUAUUGAGAGUGAUGAGUUGGGGUUCCUUCUUUCCAAUUCUCUGGCUUUGGAGCGAUUGGAACUCAAUGAUUGCAGUGAGAUAUUUUCUAUAAAGAUACCUUCCCUGCUGCAGCGCCUCAGCUACGUGAUGGUGUCCGGUUGUUCCAUGCUGCAAGUGAUUGAAAGCGAGGCUCCAAAUAUCUCCAGUUUUCACUUUUUCCAUGAUGAUGAUGUUUUUCAUGAUGACGAUGUUGAUCAACAAGUACAGCUAUUUCUUGGAGAAUCACUGCAGAUGAAGGAAAUCUUCAUAUCACAUUCCUGCGUUCUUCAUUAUGCUCUCGUCGUGCUCACAUCCAGUAUGCCGAAUCUUGAAACUCUUACUAUGCAUUCGUAUUACGAGAUGGUCAGUACACCAACGCUAGCAAGCAAAUUCCUCCACCUCAAGUAUUUGAAUAUUUCUGUAUUUGGAUGGAAGUUUGCCUCGGCACCUCGGUAUGCGGACUAUGAUCUUUUCUUGCUGGUUUCUUGUCUCGACGCAUCUCCUUGCUUGGAGACUUUUAACCUAGAUGUACCAAUGAGACGCCGGGAGCAUGACUCAAUUUUUGAAGACCCCCCCUCACAAUUGGGGCGGAUUCCAGGACAAUGCUAUGCCAAUCUUAGGCAUGUGAAGAUCACUAAAUUCCGCUCCACAAAGUUAUUGGUUAAGCUCACAUGUCAUAUUCUUGACAGCACACCCUCGUUCGAGUGCCUCACACUGGACAUAACUGAUGGUGGGCCGACUUGUUCCGAGAUUGACAGAUGCUUUGUGGGUAAAGAAACUUUUAUGGAAGCCCCUAAAGCGCUUGCGGCUAUCCAGACUUACGUCGAGGGAAAAGUUCCCUCCACGGCUAAGUUGAAUGUCGUGGAGCCUUGCAGCCGAUGCCCUGCCCUUUGACUUGCAAGGGAGCUAAGUUGGGGCGUUCCUGAUGAAGAAUGCAGCGAUGAGUGACAACAUGUCCCUUGUAUAAGGUUGUGUUGAGACUAGUUGUGUCCUUGGUUUUAGGCUUUUUGUUAUUAUAGUAUAUAAGGUUGUGUUGAGACUAGUUGUACAGCUGAGAUAUGGUAGUUUUGCCCCUUGCGCUGGUUUGUUGUUAUGGAUGUUG